AUAAGUAACCUACGAAUGCGAGAACUGCUUCAGUCCGCGUUACAAUUAGUUCGGCCGUUUACCAUUAAUCACAAAGCUCCAAACGAGAAAUUCCUCUCGCGAUGAUCGUUACAUUUCGUUCCGUUUGAUCGUCGAAAUGAAUUUAAUACAGGACUGUUUCUUUCACGACGUUUAUCUUUACCAUUAACCGAGACGAAUCGCAUUAUUUUGCCUGUAAUCCCUUUACACGUCAAUCCAAAAAAUGGAUAGUGCCGCAACUGUAGUGUUACUCGCCUUGCUAAUCGCGUUCGUCGGCGAUGCCGCGGCAUCGUGCAGAGAGGUGACGAACGAGGAGAUGCUGGAAUAUUUCUGCGAGGGUGGCCAUCCCGCUGAUUUGACCACCAUACCCGAGACAACCGAGAAAUUGAGAAUCACCAAGAUACCACUUCGCAGAAUAACCGCCGACACGUUUGCGAGAUUCGGCGGGAACCUUUGGGUAUUGAGCUGUUCGCAUUGCGAGAUUACCGAUAUUGAUGCGAACGCCUUUCGACGCCUCGUCAAUCUUCAGCAACUCAGCUUGGACAGCAACCGCUUGACUACCGUUAAAGCAUCGUGGUUCGAAGGUUUGGACUUCCUGACGUAUCUCGAUCUCAAUUACAACGACAUACGUGACAUCGAAGACGGCGUCUACAAGAAUCUACCCAGUCUCGUGGACCUUAGAAUCUCGGGAAAUCGACUGCGAUGCCUGAAUCUCGACGAGAUGUCAAACUUGAGGGAACUGAAGCGCAUGUUCCUCAGCGAGAACUCCGAGUUUGCCUGCCCGCACGCCGUCAGCAAGUUCCUUGAGAAUCAGGGCGUUGCUUUUGAGCAGGAUCCCGAGUGGAGAAGACUCGCCAGUGACACGAUCGACGUUCACGUGCCACCGAGCUACGUGGAGGAAGACAGAGAAACCUUGCCGGCGCACCGCGAAAGGUUGCAUCCCGAUAGAAGACCGCCUCCAGAAGAAUCAGAAGGACCUUAUGGAACGAGAGAUAGGACGUUUUAUCCGGACUCUUCGGAACAUCAUUCACGCCACAGGAGACCACCAACCACGACCGUGCGGCCAAGGCAUCAAGAAGACCUGUCGCGAGUGGAACAGAUUCCGAACACAAGACCCUUGCCCAUACCGUCGUCGCAUCAGGUAAUGCCUUACUCAACGCCGGAAACGCCACGAGCACCGCCCUCAGAGGAUAUCAAGAUGUCAGGAAUUGACGAACCAUCGCGAACGGGACACACCUCAAUGUAUCCAACGUACGAAACGACGCCCCGUUGGUCAUAUCCAACGCCGUACCCGCCGUACAUUCCAACGCGUGAAACAACGCCUUAUCCGUCGUAUCCCACGUCUGAGAGAUCGCAAGUAUUUGCUAUAGGUCAUCCUACAGAGGCCGAAGUGAUGUCUUAUCCGUCGUAUUCCACGGAAAGAUCGCGAGUAGUUAUUCCUGCAGAGGCCGAAACGGUAGGAACAUUCGGGAGACCAUCACAGGCGGAAGACACCAGGACAUAUCCACUGUAUGUUACAACGUCCGACGGUCUGGAGAGAACGCCGCAUGGAUCCGUUCAAGUGACGCAUCCAUCGUCCGGUAACUCGGACAUGGUUACUUUCGGGUCUUGGUCCACAGAUGAUUCGAUCGAGCAUCCGGCCAAUCCGUCCUGGACGCGGGAACAUCACGAACAAUCUCGCCGUCCUGCUGGGAACGAUAGAGCGACGUGGUCAACGAAACCGCCGUAUUACGGGCAUGACCCACGUAAAAUGAUCGUCGAAGAAUCGUCGUCGGAGACCGACGACGACCUCUUCGUCGCCACGGAUCGUCCCGUUGUGUACGAUCGAUCGCAGACCACGACGACGCGCGGCGUACACUACGUCAGACCUUCACCACCGGAACUGAUGCACUCACCGUCGACGGGCGAGUUCUAUCCAGGUCCGUAUUACGAACCGGGGGUCACCGUGCAUCCACCGUUGCAGAAUUAUCAGGAAAGCGACAGGGAGGUCACGGGCGUUCGUCCGAUGGAGACGAUGACGACGACGGACGAGCCACUUCCCGAAUGCAAGAAUUCGGCACCGAAGACCCGACCGGCCGCUGCACUGGUGACGUUUAUUGUCGUCACCGUUCUCGGGCACGCCGUCGUGGAGCGAUUUUAGUUUCGAGCGCGCUUCCCUUAUCGUCCAGAUCGGCGGGAUAAAUUCCAACAUCACGCCAUA